AGUAGCGCUCCCUGGCGCUUCCUGUGCACGAGCGCUCGUGCGGCAGUUUGUGUAGAAAAGAUGUAAAGAUGGCGGAGCUACAGAUGCUCUUGGAGGAAGAAAUUCCUGCAGGUCGGAGAGCGUUGCUGGACAGUUUCACAAAUCUCGAAAGAGUUGCCGAGUACUGCGAAAGUAACUAUGUACAGUGCCCUGAUAAGGAGCGUGCGCUGGAGGAGACGAAGAGCUACACGACCCAGUCGCUGGCCAGCGUGGCCUACCUGAUCAACACGCUCGCCAACAACCUGCUGCAGAUGCUCGACAUCCAGGCCUCCCAGCUGCGCCGCAUGGAGUCCUCCAUCAACCACAUCUCACAGACGGUUGACAUCCAUAAGGAGAAGGUGGCCAGACGGGAGAUUGGCAUCCUGACCACCAAUAAGAACACCUCCCGCACGCACAAGAUCAUCGCGCCGGCCAAUCAGGAGCGGCCGGUGCGCUACAUCCGCAAGCCCAUCGACUACAGCAUGCUGGACGACAUCGGCCACGGGGUGAAGUGGUUGCUUAGGUUCAAGGUGAACAGCCAGAACAUGAAGAUGGGGGGACUUCCGCGCACCAACCCCCCCACCCAGAAGCCCCCCAGCCCCCCCCUGGCAGGAAAGGGAACGCUCGGGCGCCACUCCCCUUACCGGACGCUCGAGCCCGUGCGCCCCCCCGUCGUCCCUAACGACUACGUCCCCAGCCCCACACGCAGCCUGGUGCCUGCCUGCCAGCAGAGCCCAGUGCGCACGGCCUCCGUUAGCCACAGGAGCCGCACCUACAGCGGGAGCAGUGGAGGCAGCCAUCCCAGCAGCCGAAGCAGCAGCCGGGAAAACAGCGGGAGCGGCAGUGUGGGGGUGCCUAUCGCCGUGCCAACGCCGUCACCACCCAGCGCCUUCCCAGGCAUCACCCCUCAGUUCUACAGCAUGAACCGGCCUGUGCCCAGGCAAACGGCGCCCCCUGUGGGUGGUUCUCUGCCGUACCGGCGGCCCUCGUCGGUCACGUCCCAGCCCAGCAUGCCCCUGGCCCAGCAGAACGGAGGACCCUACUACAGUCAGAACCAGAACCUGAACCAGGGCCAGAGCCAAGUCUCUGUCGUGGGUUCCCCUCCUCCCCCCUCCAUCCUCCAGAUCACCCCCCAGCUUCCUCUCACAGGCUUCGUGGCUCGCAUGCAGGAGACCAUCUCGGACGCGCCUCCCCCCCCUCCCCCCAGCGAGGAGCCGGUGUUUGAGGAGGCGCACACGCCGCUGCCGCCGCCGGAGCAGUUUGAGGAGGAGGAGUCGGCCGUGGUGGAGUACAGCGACCCCUACGCAGAGGAGGACCCGCCCUGGGCCCCCAGGACCUACCUGGAGAAAGUGGUGGCCAUCUAUGACUAUGCGCGUGAUAAGGAGGACGAGCUGUGCUUCCAGGAGGGCGCCAUCAUCUACGUCAUCAAGAAGAACGACGACGGCUGGUACGAGGGCGUCAUGAACGGCACCACCGGCCUGUUCCCCGGCAACUACGUCGAGUCCAUCAUGCACUACGCAGAGUGACCACACCUCACCCUCCCACACACACACACACACACACACACACACACACACACACACACACACACACGCAUUACGCAGAGUGACCACACCUCACCCACCCACCCACCGACCCACCCGACCUGGCAGUCACAGCUCACACACACACACACACACACACACGCAUUACGCAGAGUGACCACACCUCACCCACCUACCGGACCCUGCAGUCACAGACACAACUUACAAAUAUUACACAACUCCUCAUGUUAAACGAGUGUGUGUGUGUGUGUGUGUGUGUGUGUGUGUGUGCCCCCCACACAUUCCUACAGAUUCACUGACUACAGAAGUGCUAAAUUGGAAGGGGGGGGGAGGGCAGAGUGAGAACAGAUCACUCAGGGGUUUUUGAAAAGGCUUUUGGGACAUGAACACAGCCUCUGCAAAUAUGUUUUUCUAAAUCAAAUUAAACCCCUAAUCAAACUUUGACAUUCAGUCAUUUAUAACCCUACGUAUGACAUGAAGGAGAGCGCUGAGAUGAAGAAAGCAUAAAUCGUGACAUAAAUCAACAACGUAACAACUCUUCUUCAUUUUAGAUCAACUGGAAUGCUUUAAAAUAGGGAUGAGUUCUGUCUGUCUUUAUACCAAACAGGGAUCUUCAAUCACUUUCUUGCUCUUGGCAUUCAAUGCCAAUCACUGCUAAGCAGCUAGUCCUUGUUUGCUCUGUGAUUGGCUGCACGCUUUAGAGGCGGGGUAUUCUGGCCAAGUUGACGUGACCGUUUGCGUGACCUUAUUUUUUGAAGACGGAUUAUGUCUUGAGAGUGGAUUAACCAGCCCUGUUAGAAUUUCACUUUUAAGACCUUUGGUUGUGUUUCAUGUCAGGUUGUACAGAACACAUUUCAGGGAGAAAUGUUUUUGUUUUUUUUCCAAAAGGGAAAUCAUUGUGUCAGCAGACCAAGCUGGCAAGUAUUAGAUGCGUCUGAGUCUGAUUUCCAAAGCACCAACUUUGUUCAAAGUUUGCUUACCUCUUAAUCGUACUUAGCUCAAAAAGACAAAAUCAAAUAGGAAAACAAAUCGAUACGUUCAAAACUUCAUUUUCUUUUAUUUAAUACCCAUUCAGCGGAGAGCAUAGCUUUAUGUCUUCGAAUGAAUUCCCAGAGAUGUGUCCGUGUGUGUAAGUGUUUCUGUGUGAGCUCGUUGGAAACUGUCAUCCGGCAUCUGCAUCAUGGGUAGUUUUGCAGCACUCCCUUCAGAGCCAGUUGGCACAAAAUGGUGGCUCGGACGUCUCCACUAUAUCGGCCAAUGGAGCGUCGUCUGUCUCACUCCCUACACAGACAUUCAGUACGGGACAGAAGGCCCUGAUUUUGCACAAACUGUCCCAGUUGGCUCCCUGUAGGAAGGACGAGUGGUCCUGCUCCAACCUCUUAUGCAGUACCAUGGCAACAGCAUCCCAUGAACAUGUGUGGAUUAAUUCAUCUACAUUUCUUGUACAUUUUUAAAUGUUUUUAUUUUCUUUUUGUCACAUUUCUUUUCUGUUGGCCUCCCAUAUUGUGUAGAAAAUCCUAACCAAGUGGUUUAUUUUUAGUUUCCUUUUGUUUUUUAAUGAUAUUGUUUUUAUAUAUAUAUAAAUAUAUAUGUUGUGUAUGUAGUGCUACUUGGGCUGCAUGCUUAAUAAAAAGAAACAUUUCCAAAACGUA